CUAAGAAGAUGUCCAGUGCAGAUCCCCUCACAAAUACAGAGAAGGGGACCAUUAUGGGCCCUCAUGGAAUAAAUCGAGCUGUUCACCGCAUCUCUUUCUCUGAUUGCCAGAAUGGAUUAGGAGUUAAAAUUAUUGGAGGUUAUCGGGCACAAACAGCAGAAGAUUAUGGGAUUUUCAUAAAGAGAAUUCUGCCUGGAGGGGUGGCUGCUACAGACAGCCGUUUGCUCACUGGGGACCUAAUUCUGGAUGUCAAUGGAGAAAACCUGGUUGGAGUAACAAAUGAAAGGGCUGUUGACAUCUUGAGAACAGCCUCAGCCUCUAAUCACAUGUCUCUGCUCGUUGCUAGAGAUGAAGAAGCAAAGAAAGAAUUUCAUGACCUAAUGGAUAAGUAUGGCUCUCACAGUGACACAACCUCUGCAAGAACUUCUCCAACACAUCAUUUAGCUGCAAAAUCUAGAGACAGCCUUUCUUCUGGGUCAUCCUCAAGGUCACAGAGUCCUCAGUUGCAGUUGAAGGAUAACAUCACCAGCAGCAGCAGAAAUAAUUCUGUCCCAUCACCAUCCCCAAAGCUUCCAAAUGACAGUGCAUUUCAGAUUAUCUCUGUUUGCAAAGGAACAAACCUAGGUUUGAAUAUUGUGGGAGGAAUUAACAGAAAUGAAGGGCCUUUGGUAUAUAUUCAAGAAAUUAUCCCUGGUGGUGAUUGCCAUAAGGAUGGACGAUUGAAACCUGGGGAUCAGCUUGUGUCCAUCAACAAAGAGUCCAUGAUUGGAGUCUCCUAUGAAGAGGCAAAAAGUAUAAUCAACAGAACAAAGAUGAGGUUUGAAAAUUUUUGGGAGAUAGCUUUUAUUAGGCAGAAAAACACACACAGUUUUCCACAGAAUCUGCAGCAUCCUUUCAGCCUCUUAACAUCUUCUGUAGCACAUGGAGAGCAACAGGCUGCAACCCUUGGUCCUCUUCCCUCUCCUACUGGGAGGCUGCUUUCACCAUUCCCUCCAGAUGCUAUGGAAACUGGAGUCAAGAUGGGAGAGCAAUCUCCAAUUACUGCUCUAGACAGCAAUCCUGCUGAUGUGUCUGCCACGGUUAUUGCCCCCAGCCAGAAUGAUGAUUAUGAGCCCCAAGGAAAGAACCUGAGUAUUCAUCUCAAAACAGAAAAGCUGGAGAGGGCACUGAAUUAUCUUGGGAUUCAACUCACAGAUGAACAGCAGCAAGCCCUAAGGCAGCAACUUCAUAAAGAUUCUAAGGGAACAGUGUCUUUUGGAGAUUUCAUUGAAGUUUCAAGGAAUCUGUUGUCUGUACAAUCAAAUGAAACGGAUGAUGGCCACAAAUCUGAAGCCUUUGGGAUGGGUGAAGUUGCCAGCUUGCAGGACUCACAGUUUGUAACCUGUGAUUCCUUGGAGGAUGAUGUGGAAAAACUUAAGAAAGAAAGAAAUGAAGCUUUAAAAGAAAUUAGCAAAUUAAAGGAAGAACUGUCUGAAUCUGUGAACUUACAGAAGCAGUUAGCAGAGCAGCUUCAAGUAGUCAAGCAAGAAGCCAAGGCAGCUGUGGAGGAGACGCGAGCCCUGCGCAGCAGAAUCCACCUUGCAGAGGCUGCUCAGAGGCAGGCCCGGGGCAUGGAGCUGGACUAUGAGGAGGUGAUUCGCCUCUUGGAGGCUGAAAUUGGAGAGCUGAAGGCUCAGCUCACUGAGCAUUCUGGCCAAAAUAAAGAGAGCAUUCACGACUUGAGAAAGAGGGUUACAGUGCUUGACUGCCAGCUGCGGAAAUCCGAGUCGGCCAGGAAGACCUUUGAGGUGGCCACUGAAAAAUUGCUGCAAUUUGUAGAGGUUGUGCAUGAAAUACUUUCAGAUAACUCCACUUCAUCAACAAUUUUAAGUGACAGGAGGACGUUGUCCACUAAAGCACUUCUGGCUCGGCUGGGAAGGGUCGGACCCACUGUCACAGCAGCUCUUGCAGCAGAAGCCAGGGACCUUGCCAAGUCUGUCCGUGCCAUUCUGGAAGUGGAUUGUCUGCCUUAUGGAUGGGAAGAAGCUUAUACAGCUGAUGGAAUCAAAUAUUUUAUCAACCACGUGACACAGACCACGUCCUGGAUCCACCCCGUGACGAGCGCCCUGAGCUUGCUGUGCUCCGAGGAGGAGGAGGAUGGCAUCAGAGACCCCAAGAGCUGAGGACAGCUGUGCACACAGAGGAGUUGGUCUGGUUUUAGUCCCUUAGUGAGCAGAUGCACAGGUUUUAAUCUACCUGCUUUCUAGUGUGAUGUAGUAGUAGCUGGUGACAUUUCUCCUCAUCAAGCUGGAGGAAGUUCUGCUGGUUUUGAGGCGGGUUUGUUGAUGUGUGCUACAAAGGAUGCAGGUGCCACAGAAUCAGUCUCACCUUAGGGCCCAGUCCCACCUUUUCAUGAUUUCCCCACGGACCCAUCAUUUCCCUGACCUGGAGCAGAAUUUUCCAGGUCAGCUGAAAUUUUCAC